GGUUGAUGGUCAUCUGAAGUGAGAGAUGUGUUGUUGUUUUGCUCUUCAGGUGAGAUCCAGGGAGAUUUGAAUCCUCAAACUUUCGUUUCCUCCAACCAAGUCGAAAGGAAAGAACCAAUGAAAAUCCUCAUCAGUGGUGGAUCGGGUUUACUCGGACGCGCCGUCGUCGAUCGAUUCAAACACAAGGAUAGCGAGCCUCAUCAUGAAGUCACCUCGCUCUCUUUCACUCGAUCGGGUCCAGGAUUGGAAAAGGUCGAUCUUCGCGAUGAGAACCUGGUCUCAACCCUGGUUCAUAAGCUUAAGCCAGACGUCCUGAUUCACUGUGCGGCCGAAAGACGACCGGAUGUUGCUGAGGGAGACCCAGAGGGAACUCAAAAGUUGAACGUUAGAGUCACGGAGCAUCUGGCCGAGCUGUCCAACCAAAUAGGCUUCAAGAUGAUCUACAUUUGUACAGAUUAUGUUUUCGAUGGGAAUGCUCCCUCAGGCGGAUACGAUGUGGAGGCGACACCCAAUCCAACCAACUUCUACGGCAAAACCAAGUUGGCAGGUGAACAAGCAAUGCUCAACACAGUGACCAACAGAGGCAACGCGGUCUCGCUCCGAGUGCCUGUACUAUACGGGAAGGCUGAAAACAAUAGCGAGUCAGCUAUCAAUGUCUUGCUUGAUGGGGUCAAGAAGGCUGCGGUGGGUCAGAAAGUCUUGAUGGACGAUUGGGCAACUCGGUUUCCGACUCUGGUCGACGACGUGGCCAAAGUUCUGGUCGCAUUAGCUGAAUACAAAGAGCCCCUCCCGCCGAUCUUACAUUUUUCCUCAGAGGAGGAAUACACCAAGUACAAGAUCUCCCUAGUCUUUGCGAAGUUACUCAAGUUGAGCGAAGCCGAAAUCAAGAACCUAGUUGCCCAACCGGACCCUCCUCAGCCGGCCCAAGGGGAGACGAUGAGGCCGCGGGACUGUCGUUUGAGCAAUCGGGCCUUAGCUAGCCUCGGUAUCUCCGUCGAGCAGGCCAGAUUCGUCCACUGGUGGACGGCUUAUUUGAGCAAUAAAUGAGUUGCCACUGCCCCGUCUCUUGGAAUCAAAAAACUGGCUGGGGUCAUCCUCUGAUGACCUAUUUGCCCUCAGUUCCCCCCCAGAAUACAUUUUGUCAGAUCGGUUGCAUGCCGUGGUGCAGGCGCAACUUGGGCAAUGGGGAAAUAUCUUACUAGCGUUGUCGUACCAAUUGAAUGUAGCAAUCUAAUUAUUUUUGAUGGUUUUCCUCAAUUCAAUUUUUUCAAUUGAUGAUCGUCGUCAAACAAAUGGGAUGCGACGAGUUCAAC